AUAAUGUUGUCUAUGAAUCUUUUAAUUUCCGCCCGGCAUCGACGAGAGACGCAUCGUCAUUCUGCCGUGCUUCUUUAUACCUAGAUUGGUGGAUCAAAAGAAGUAACAAAUAUGUCCCUGCCCCGAGUUUUCUUCGAUGUCACCGCCGAUGGUUCGCCUUUGGGGAGAAUCGUUGUUGAGUUGAAGGCUGACGUCACGCCUAAGACAUGCGAAAAUUUCCGUGCUCUGUGCACCGGUGAAAAAGGCUUCGGUUACAAGGGCUCCACUUUCCACCGUGUCAUCCCCAACUUUAUGUUGCAAGGAGGUGACUUCACAAACCACAAUGGUACUGGAGGCAAGUCCAUCUACGGUGAGAAGUUUGCUGAUGAGAACUUUGUCCUGAAGCACACCGGCCCUGGAGUUCUCUCUAUGGCUAAUGCUGGCCCCAAUACCAAUGGAUCCCAAUUCUUUAUUACCACCGUGAAGACUGCUUGGUUGGAUGGAAGACAUGUUGUUUUUGGCAAUGUUGUUGAAGGAAUGGAUGUUGUAAAGCAAGUUGAAGCAAUGGGCUCCCAAUCUGGCAAACCAUCGAAAAAGGUUAUCAUUGCGGAUUGUGGACAGCUUUCUUAAGAUAAUAUUGUAAUAUUUAUAAAAUAAAUGCGAUAUUUUAAGUUAAACAUAAUGUCCUCCCGAGUAAUACCUUCCCAGUCAUAAGAUUUAACAAUAUAUUUGAAGUUUACUGAGGGUCAUUCCAACGUUAUAUAAAUUUAUAACUGUUCUAAGUUGCAAAUUCAUGCAUUUAUUUCUGUGCAUUGUUUAUUCAUAAUAAAUUAACUUAUAUAACA